AACACAUUGUUCCUUCACGGGUUCCGUAGUUGUCAGCAGUACCUGUACUCUGAAAGCAUGCAGAGGCUAGUUAAUGUGUUUUUGGACACGCCAAAACGAUUAUAAAACAAUGUAUAUCCAUCGCGAAUUGACAUUAUGACUUAACCAGAUGUUUGCCAGUUAACUUUCCGGCAGAAUCAACAUUUAUCUCGCUAUUAGUGAUGUGUAUUAAGGCAAACGGUCGAGGUGACUUUGUGAAACCGUCGUUAGCCAUCGUUACUUUAGAUUCACAACUGAUGUCUGUCCGAUGAACGUUACAAUGUUGGGUUUAAAAAGCCCUCGAUGGCUUUCUCCGGACGUACUUUUAGGAUACAUAUUAGGACAAGUGGUCAGAAGAAACAAAGUUAGUUUGUUUAGUCACAGUCCUCCAGUAUCAGCAGCGUGGAGGCGGAAAGUCACCGGUGGUAUCAGAGAUGUCAACACCUCCUGUACGCUGUGCGCCCCCGGAAACCCGAAGAAGAAAGACCUGUCUGAAAAGAAGCUGACCCGUUAUUUUGUAGACCACCGCCGUGUGAAGCUGUUUUCUGGGUCUGGCGGUAAAGGGGCCUCCAGCUUUCACAGUGAGCCGCGAAAAGAGUGGGGUGGACCAGAUGGAGGGAAUGGAGGUGAUGGAGGAAACAUCAUUAUCAAGGCUGACAAGUUUGUCAAAUCGUUGGCGCAAGUUCUUUCGUUUUACAAGGGAGAGGAUGGGCAUUCGGGUGGCAGCAAGAACUGUUACGGCAGGAAUGGCGGCCCAACCUAUAUUUCUGUACCGUUAGGCACCGUGGUGAAGGAAGAGGGACAGACAGUGGUGGACCUGUCUGAGCACGGCCAGGAGUAUAUGGCUGUGUUUGGAGGGAUUGGUGGGAAGGGGAAUCGAUUCUUUCUGUCCAAUGAGAACCGUGCGCCAAUGACGGCAACCCCGGGAAUGAUGGGCCAGGAGAGGCUCCUUCAUCUAGAGCUCCGCACCAUGGCCCAUGCUGGACUGGUGGGGUUUCCUAAUGCUGGGAAAUCCUCAUUGUUGAGAGCCAUCUCCAAUGCCAAGCCUGCUGUGGCUGCUUACCCAUUUACAACACUCAACCCACAUGUAGGAAUAGUCAAUUACAUGGAUCAUGAGCAAGUUGCAGUUGCUGACAUCCCAGGCAUCAUUCAAGGAGCCCAUCUCAAUCGAGGCCUUGGCAUCUCUUUUCUGCGUCACAUAGAGCGCUGCCGUUUCCUCCUCUAUGUUCUGGACCUCUCGUCUCCAGAGCCCUGGACCCAGCUCGCGCACUUGCGUUAUGAACUGGACCAGUAUGAGCCUGGUCUAUCCCAGCGGCCUCAGGCCAUCAUAGCCAACAAAAUAGACUUACCUGAGGCUCGGGAGAAAUUAGAGACUCUAAAGAGCCAUGUCACCCACCGGAUCAUCCCCUUGUCAGCUCUCACGGGACAGAACACAGAGGAGCUCAUCCUCCACCUCAGAGAGUUGUAUGACGGCUACCUCCAAGGAGAAGCUAGUGGGGAAGGCAAACCCUAUAGGUGGUAGUAAAAUCUGUUUCCUCUUGUUCUACAUAUUUUCAUGGUAUAUAUUUAUACUGGAAGAUAUAAAAUGUAUUUAAAUUGCUUAAUAAAUAUAUAAACAAAACUAAA